AUGGCUUGUGAGACUAAUACGUUGUUGAUUUUUCCUCUUCUUUUCGUGGCUGCAUGCUACAUGCAACAAUGUGUCUAUGGAAAAUCUCAAAUGCCAUGUCUUUUUAUUUUUGGUGACUCUUUAUCUGAUAGUGGAAACAACAAUAAUCUUGUUACACUUUCAAAAGUUAAUUACAAACCAUAUGGCAUCGACUUUCCAACAGGACCAACAGGAAGGUUUUCUAAUGGACUAACAUCAAUUGACAUACUUGCUCAACUUUUAGGAUUUGAAGAUUUCAUUCCUCCCUUUGCAAAUACCAUGGGCUCAAAUAUAUUGAAAGGUGUUAACUAUGCAUCUGGAUCGGCUGGAAUUCGCAACGAGACCGGAAAACAUUUGGGUGCUGAUAUUGACUUGGGAUUUCAGUUACAAAAUCACAAAACCAUAAUUGCUCGAUUUGCAAUUAUGCUUGGUGGUGCUCAACAAGCUUCGCAAUAUCUAAAUGAGUGCUUGUAUUAUGUAAAUAUAGGCAGCAACGAUUAUAUAAAUAAUUAUUUUCUUCCUCAAUUCUAUUCAACUAGUCGCGUCUAUAGCCCUAAUCAGUAUGCUCAAGAUCUUAUCGGCCGAUUAUCUCAAUCUAUAAAGAUUUUACAUAAUGCUGGUGCAAGAAAAAUGGUGAUAGUUGGGCCAGGACCUAUAGGUUGCACUCCAAAUGCCAUUGCUACUCAUGGAUCAUGUAUUCAAGAGCAGAAUGCUGCUGCAUUAAUUUUUAGUAGCAAACUUAAAUCUCUUGUGGAUAGACUCAACAGGAAAUUCACUGGUUCUAAAUUCAUCUUUAGAAACAGUACAACAGAUUUCUAUGCUAGUAUAAAACGUUUUAGAGUUUCGAAUGCUGCUUGCUGUCGAUUGGUAUUGAAUUCGUUGUGUGCUCUUCAACAAACUCCGUGUGAGAAUAGAAACGAAUAUAUGUUUUGGGAUGGAUUUCAUCCGACUUCAGCUGCGAAUAAACUUACGGCAUUGCGUUCAUACAAUUCCUCAAAUCCAGACUUCGUAUACCCAAUGAAUGUUCAACAUCUUAUUCAGUCAUGA